GUUCGUGGACUUGUUUGUUACCUUACAGAAUCAAAAGCAAUACAUUUGUGAUAUGCUAGCCAAAUAUUAGAAUUAAGAUAAAUAAAUUGUGAUAAUGUGCUUAUGUGAUAUGCAUACAUUCCAUAGAAUUUUGUGACAAUAGUUUUUGUGAAAAUGAAUUCAAUUCCACUUCCUAGAGGAUUAGUGCUGAGUACCAAUGAUGUUCAGACUUGGAAAGGAUGGUGCUUAUUGAAUGAUAGAGAAAUCGUUAGGAUAUCAGCAGAAUUAGGGACACAAAUAAAUUUGGCACAAAUAUUUAUUGCAGCUCGAAGAAGUUGGGAUUUGGAUGAAGUUGAGAAGUGGUAUAAGGCUGAGGUCACUGCUUGGGUGAUUCAACUUUUAUCUGCAGGAGAAAUAACAAUCACUGUACAAAUACUUGAGAAUACUAAAAUUGAUGUUAUCACACAGUUAUUGGUGAUAGCCAUUGAGGUAAAAGACAGAAAAACAAUUAAAACAGUUUCAGACUAUCUAAGCGUUUGUGUGAAAUCAGAAAUAGAUGAAAUUCAAGACAACAUAAAUAAUUUUCUACAUCAUUUUUAUUUAUUGAAUUCUCUGGAAAGUUAUUUGUUAAAUAAUCAACAACUGGAAAUAAUAAUUUUGGAGAAUGAUUUAUUAAAGACUGAACUAAUUACAUUAGAAGAAACAAAAAAUUACACAGUUCAAGAUAUACAAAAACAAAGUAAAAUAUGGAAAUCAAAAAUUGCAGCUAGAUUAUAUUACAAUUGUCUUGAUUUCAGGUUAACUGUUUUUCUUGAUGCAGAAACAUCGUGGGAAGAUUUACUACAAAGCAAUAAUAUUAAAUAUCUAAAAUCUUGGUUAUUCACAUUUUUUACAAAAUGUAAAUAUCCAUAUACUGAAGCAACAGAUGUAGUUGAUUUCCAUGAAUUAUUUCAGUCUUGGGAAAUCACUGAUAAUAUGAUCUCUAGGAUUGCAUGCUUCCCUUGCAUGGACUUCACAAAGGAGGAACUUUAUGAUUAUAUGACGACAUUUGGAUACUUUAUUGAAGUAGAAAGAAAAAAUAUAGUUCUUCUUUUACGUAGAUUAUCUAGAAAUAGAGGCUCUAGUACAAUCAGUGAUAUUUUUAAACAAAAAUCUUCAAAUAUAUCUUUAGAUCACUUUUUCAAGCUGUUAGUUGAUUAUUGUGAAUCUAAAGAGUUGAAAACUGUGAUAACAAAAUGUAUGAGUUCUCGUUUAUUUUAUAAUGAUUUCAUACAUAAUAUCUCCACAAUUGAUAAGGAGCACUGGAUUAAUGUAUCAAUCACAUUUUUGGAUCUUAUUCAAAGUCCAAAUGAUGAAUCCAUAAUACUAAAGUGUAUUAACUAUGCAUCUAAUUAUUUAGCUGGCAAUAAUAUAAAUCAAUAUCUAAUUGAAAACCCUUAUGUCUACAUAGCCACAAUUUUAUUUGACAAAACCAAGAAUUUGUCUACUACAUUUUCUCAAAAAAUUUUAGAUACUUCUAGUGAAAAUGUUGAAAAACAAGUGUUUGGCCAUAAAGCAAAAUUAACUUAUGAUUAUUAUAUAAAAAGUUGUGCUCCUUGUUUUGCGAUAUCUUUAUAUGCUAAUGGAUUAUUAGACGAGAAAAACAUGUGCUUUUCAUCUGAUGGUGCUUCUAAUGUUACCUAUAAAUUAAUCAUGAAAAAUUGGAAUGACAUUGAAGUUUUUUGUUCAGGCAUUUCAUUUAUGAUUAUUUUAGGUAUGGAUUGCUGCAAUCUUCGAAACUAUAUUAAUGCAGCACAUUUCAUCCGAAAUGAAAGUCUGAAAUUAACAUAUCAUGAAGGAAAAGUAUUUGAUAUAAAUCAUAUAACAAAAUUAUUAGAGAACAUUACUUCGGAUGCAAAUCUUGUAGAAUUUCUUUCACUCAUAGAAAGAACAAAUAUGAAUUGCGCAAAUCAAUCAUUUAUAAACAUUAUCUCUCAAUGGAAAACUACAUAUAAUAUUUGUGUAUUACAUAAUAUUAGAAUGACUAAUUCUUUUCUCAUAUUUUCUGCAAAAAUUGAUAAAUGGAUCUGGUUUUUAUUAUUUGCUCAGAUUUAUCUCUUUGUGCAAGAGCAAGUUUCUGAAGCAACUAAAUAUUUUAAUAAUUAUGCAUUACAAACUCAUUUGGCUGCUGCUCUGGAAAAUAAAUUAGAACCUGAACAUUUAAUACUUUGUUGGUAUACCUGGUUGUGUAGUGCUACAGGUUAUAUAAAUUUAGAUAAUGGUGAGACGUUGCUAAACAUUUCACCUGAAGAUAUUUCCUCAUUGAUAAAUUUCUGUGUGAUAGAAGGAUUUGUAACACAGUUAAAUGAAAGUUUACUAAUAUUUGUGCCUAGCAGUUGUUUUGCUUUCUUCACUAAUAUUUUAGUGCGAGUGAUUGUAAACAAUGAGAUUGGAUGUGAUAUUACCAAUUUAUUAGUGGCUUUCAAAAAUAUCACUAUGCAUUUACAUAUUAUACCUCAUUUGACUAUAAAUAAUAUAUUUGAGGAUAGAAGAUGGCUUAUAAACAAAGCUAUUGACCUUUGUUGCAUAGCUUUAAGUUAUAAUUUUAUGUCAUUUUAUCAUUGUAAAGCCUUUCUAAAAUGCCUCUCUGAGUCAAAAUUAACAAAGAAUAUUGACACGGAUGUAAAUUUUGAUGAUUUGUUAAAUAUAUUACAAUGUUUGUAUCACACAAAUGUUAAUUUAAACAUUUCAUCUAUAUUGUUAUCAAAUAAUGAAGAAAUAAUACAGAAUGAAUACAGCAGAUGCUUAAAACAGUUAAUUAAUGGCCAUUAUUUUGAAAAUGCAUUUAAGUUUGCUGAAAUCACAAACAUUAAUACAGAUGAUAUUAUUAUUGCUCAUAUGAAGUAUAGAUGCAAUAAUCUUCUUACGGAUGUCUCUAAUUAUAUGAAUUACUGGUUGGAUUGUAAUAAAAUAUUCAAUGACUCGAAAUUGGUCAAUAAAAAUGCUACAAGUUUAUUUUUAGAGUUCGCUGAGAAUUCAAAUAAUCCAAAACUAAGAUAUAUUUUAUAUCAUUUAGCAUUGAUUUCGGAAAACUCUGUAGAAAGUAAUUCAAAAAAUAUGGAUGAAAUUGAAAAGAAGAUGUGGAUUAAUUAUAUUGAUAUUGAAAAUCCAGAUGAUGUUAUGUUAUACUCAUCUAAACUAUCAGAUUUUAACAACACACCAGUAAUAUUACAUAAUUCAAUUGAUGAAUUAAAGAUAAAAGCAUGUAUCAAUAAUUUGACAAUAUCUGAUUAUCCAUUAAGCACAGAACAAUCUAAUAACUUGUUCAAACUAAUAUCUAUGUUGCUUGAUUUAGGAGAUUUUAUUACAGCCUUAAGAAUUCAAAUGAUGUUUAUGUUUUCACACUCUGAAUUGCAAUUGUUGAUCACAAUAAUGGCUUUAGCUGAAAGUUCAUUAAGUCCAUACCAAAUGACACCGGCACAACGAAUGACUUUGUUACAAAGUAAAUGUGUACGAACAGCAAGUGGGCAAUUUGGGAAACGUACUUUGAAAUCUAAAAUAUCUUCAAGCAACUCUGUAUGUGGUAGUCCCAACAGUAGCUUUGCAAGUUCAAUGUUUUCUGACUAUAUUGAAAUACCAUCCCGGGAAAAGCAAGAUACAUUAUGUACUAUUGAAGCUUUGGCAGCUCGUUUGAAAGCUGGGCGUUUCUCUGGACAAAGAAUUGUAAUGUGUUAUAGAGCAGCAAUGCAUAUGGAUGUAAACUAUUUAGAUAUAUUAAGGGAGAAUGAUGUUUUGAACUUAUUAAAACAAGCUAUUAAUGGUAAUUGUUUGAAUAAACUGGUUGUUAUAAGUGAUAUUAUAAGCGCCAGUGGAUUUACAUCAUUACAGAUAGCUGAAUUUUUGGCAUAUGAAAUAUUCAAAGCAAUCUUACAAAGUAUAAAUGUUAAAACCAAAAGAGAUGUAUCAAACUUUAAUGUAGCAACACUGUGGGGCUAUAACUUAAGUGUUGAUUUUCAUCUUUUCUUGGAACUUUGUCCCAAUCCAAGUGAUAUUGGAAAUGAGUUGCUAAAAUAUCAAUCCUCAAUACAACAGAUAAUUAAUAAAAACACUAAAAAGCUUACAAUUAUAGAUAUAAAUACAGUAUGUGUGGACAUUUUGAUAUAUGCGCAUGAUAGUUUCACAAAGGAUUGUAAUAUUGAAGGAAUUUCAUUAAUCUUAGGUAGAGCACAUAUGCUAUGCUCACAGUUGCUCCAAACUAAAAGUUGGGGAUUAAUGGUUAAACUAUUAACUGGAAUUUCAAGAUAUACAGAAAUGACUUAUAUAUUUGAUAUAAUAAAAUCCAACCAUCAAUUUGAAUUUCUUUUGAGUCAAUUCAACUGCAUCUUGAAACAGCAUGAUUCUAAAAAAAAUGAUUUAAAAAUGGCUCUUUUAGAGUUUUUAAAAACAUAUUGGCCCCAAGAUUCUGAACUUAAAAGAUUAGUUGCAUUGCAUUUCCAAAUGCAUAGUGAAGUAGCCGAGCUUCUGAAUAUUGAGGCUACUGAAAUUAUAAGAAGAAUGAUUAAUAUUUCUAUGCUGGAUAUGACAAGCAAUGAUUUGAAUUUUAAAGAUUUUCCAGUUAAAUGUCCACCCUUUGUAUUAUUAGAGAAUACAGCUGAAAUUCGAGAUUGCUUAAUUCGGGCUAUGAACACAUAUAGUCAUAGCUCUGAAUAUUAUGUACAGCAAAAUAAACUUUCACUAGCAAUGAAGUCAGCGGCCAAAGCAGAACUUGUAGCAUGUCAAAUUGAUUUACUGAAUAAGACACCUGCCGCUAGUAAGGGACCAAGUGUUAUAUGCAUUUUACAAUUAAAACCAGAACAAAUUCCUUAUGUUGUUAAUAAUGUAUUGAGUUUUCAUCAAGCAAUUAUACUUCAACGAGCCUAUGACUACACUGUUAAUUGGGUUUCUGCACUAUAUGAGCAUUGUAUAAUAAAUGGUGAUAUGCAAUAUUUAAAUUCCUACAAUAAAUAUUUCAAAAUAACAGAAAAUAUAGCUUCAGAAUUAGCAAUGAGAUUUCAGAAGGAAACUAGAAUAACUAAACAAAUGAUUCAGUCACUCAGAUGUGUGGUUGGAUGUCUAAAUUCGAUUGCUGAUCGUUAUCGUUUGGCAUCAUUAUUGGGACAAAGAGAUAUUGUCGAAAAUAUUCUUUCUUCUGAAAGUGUUUGUUAUCUUAAAGAUACUGUUUUUAUUGGAAAGAAGUGUCAAUAG